AUGGAGCCCGCGGCUGAGUGGCAGGCAGUGGCUUUGCACUCAGCGUCUACAGACCAUGACAGUUGGUUGCUGUUGUGGACCAUCAUGUUCGUACUUAUUCAGCUGUGCACCCAGUGCCUCGCAUGCUGUGAAGUGAUCGUCAGCUUUCAGAAAGCUUGCAACCAAGUUCAUAUGCCUUUGAAGCGAAUUCUUUCACGGCCAUUGGUCAUGUGUACCGUGGCGUUGAUGUUACGGCUCGUCUUUGAGCUACCUGCUCUCUCGUGCUUAGCACUGUGCGCCAAGUCGCUUUUGUCUUGGCUUGUGCCUCGCAAAGCUUUGCGCUCUGUGUGCCGUGCUCGUGUUAUCGGCUCACGUCGUGUCCGUAUGAGGCGAUGCCAAGUCUGCGGUGAUUGGGUCCGCAUUGACUCUCUUGUCAAUGCUGUGUGUCUCGGGCAGUCGGGCAGUGAUUCGGCAAGUGGGCUGCGUUCCCGCUGCAGUUUUGCAAGCAGUCACUCUGGCGGCAAUUGCUUUGUCAAGACUUUGAAUGGAUGUACCUUGGUUGUUCCAUUACAUGCAUCGUCUUGCAUCCGUGACAUCGCUGGCUUUGUCAGCAACAAGACUGCAGUUCCUGUGAAGCUCUUCUACUUGGCCCUUUCGGGCCGCGUGCUGCGCCAUUGCAGCUUCUGUGCGGAUGCGGGUGUCCAUCGAGAUUGCCACAUCAUGAUGUGCGCACGGCUACGUGGUGGUGGAAAGCCUCGAUCAGGUUCGGCCACGCAGCAACAGCCUGCACGCAGUGACUCAGCACCAGCCUUCGAUCCAUGGGCUGCUUACGCUUCUGCUUCCAGGCAAACUGAUGAUGAUGUAGAAAUGCCUGAGGACCCCGAGCCCGACGUGCGUCGUGCUACUACUGUUGCUCAGGUUGGGCGCCCUUCGCGGGCGAAGUGGGAAGAUUUGCAGGUCGCUGGUGAUCAGUUCGAGCCCACACUCACGUGUUUGCCUAACUCAGACGUGCGCGUUGGGGCUCACGGCUUCGCCUUGGUGCGCCGAGAGCAGAUCCAGAGCUUGCUGCAGGUUACCAGCUCUAAGAAUAUCGCUCUUAUUGUUCCUGGUCAUGGAGACAAAGGCUUUGAUGAGCUUGCCCUCAAGGCCAAGCGCAUCAAGGGCACUAUCGUUGUCACUGAUCCUCAGCUGAAGAGAAAGGAGUUGAAGGACGUUUCCAUUUUCUCCAUUGGGAGCGUUGAGAUCGCCCUCAAAACUCCUGGCUCUGAUGAGACUUUUGCGCCGCAGCCUACCGUUGAGAUUGCUAUGCUUGCAGCAAGAUCCAACUUUGAUGAUGAAUCGGCUUGGGCUCACUUUGUGGCCAACGCUCGAUCCGAAUUCAGACGCAUCGCGGUAUCUUCCCUAGCGAGUGAGCAUUGCAGCAGACUCGAGAUGUAUGCCUUUAAGAAGAUUUCCGACACCGUUUUCAGGGUCAUAGUUCGCGUGCCGCAGAGCGCUGCAUUGGAUUUCCUCACCAAAUCCGCGGUGUCACAUGCGCUUGUUUUUCAGGCUGUGUGGAGGGAUGAUGUUCACAAGGAAUUUCUCGAUAAAUCCUUUUGUGUGGUUUGGAUGGGCACCAAAGCUCUGGCGGAUGCAAGAGCGUUGUUGCCCCGCCUUUCUAGCCAUCAUGGGCUGCAGAUGAAUCGAUCAGGCUUUGGUGUCAGAGUACCUGUCUCUGAAGUGGCCAACGCGCGCAAGGUGCUCAAACCUGCUGAUUCCAGAUUCGAUGAUACCAAUCGGCAUCUUGUUGGCAGGCUGCGGUACUUCGCCUACGGCUUUCCUGAUGGGACCAGUCGCUCUGAGGUUUCCCAGUUGCUGCACGACAAGCUCAAGCUUCCAGCUCUGGUUGGUGCUCCUCAACGCAGAGGUGGGCACCUUGUGUUUCCUGUUGCUGUUGACGCCGCCCCGGCGAAAGACACUUUUGAGCUUUCGACAGGUCCCGUGCUGCUUAGGUCUGCGUUACCUGUUGCAAGAAGUCCACCAGUGCGGGGUGCUGGCCCUAAGCCUUCUGCUAAGCCUCAGGCCCCUCGGGUUCCCGUGUCUAGGCCCCCGACCCCAGCUCCUGCUAGCUCCAGCGAUGCUUCUCGCAUCAACACGUUAGAGCAACGUCUCGCUGAGCUUGAGGCUCGGUCCCAGGAUCAAGAGGCUCGCACCAAGAGCCUGGAAGGCAAAGUUGACGCUUGUUUCGCUCAAGUGUUGGCUAAGUUGAACUCGCUUCAGCCUGCUGCUCCCACUGCAGUUAGUGGUGAGGAAAGUGACUUCGCUGAGGCUGUCCGUCAGUCUCUUCGUCAAGGCUCUGGCGCUGCUCUUCGCUGGCACGCUGCUCGUGCUGCCCUGCAGAGGCGUGUACCUUGCCAGUUUAAGCUGUCCCACGUGCCUGGCGAUGGUAAUUGUCUUUUUGAAGCCGUGGCUCGCGCGGCUAACUACAUUCUGCCGUCUCGCUUUAGUUCUGUUGGCUUACGGCGCGACUGCGUGCAGGCUCUUCGGGAGGUUUCUGAAUUCCAAGGCCGCUUUUCCACUGCGCAAGAACAGGCUGAUUUUUGUGACGCCAUGUCCCGCAAUGGCACUUACGGCGACGAGCUCUGCGUUCGGGCGCUUUCUCACGUUCUGCAGCUCGUCAUUUGUGUGCACUCACCGGAGUACGAUCCUUUGUACUUUGGCGUCGUUGGCCCUUGUAUCCAUGUUGGGUACAAUGGGUUUAACCACUACGACGCCGUGAUCCCGCGGCUGCCUGCUUGUCCUUCCAGCAAUGGCUUUGUGCCUUCGCCGCUGAUUGCUUUGCCUGCUCCUUCCCUAACUUGUGCAAGCCAAACUUUGCCGCCUGGUGAUGUCGGCGACGCUCGCGGAGCUGUCGACCCCGAUGUGCCCGUUUCUCUUGGGAGUGCAGCUGCGGCUCCGAGCGAGACGCCGUGUGUGCAGCAUCACUUGAAAAUCAUUUCCGCCAACAUCACGUCGUGGAACACGCGGCAUCAGGUUUUUUCCCCGCUUGAUCAUCAUGUGCUUUGUUUUCAAGAAACACGCCUUAAUGAUGCAGCCAGUGCUCGUGCAGUCAAUCAAGUGCGUUCUGCUGGGAAGCGCCUUGUGUGUGGCAAGCCCGUUUCUCAGCAGGGCGGCGUCGCCAUCCAGACUCCUUCGCCUUUGCAGUUGGUCGCUAUUCCCAAGCCUCUGGCGGAAUGGGAUUUGGCGGGCCGCGUCGUAGCUGCCUGGGUUCCUUUAGCUAGUGGGCAUAGGUGCAUCCUUGUCAUUUCGGUUUAUGGUAUUGCUGGGUCGCAUCCCCAGAAGAAUUAUGAGAAUUUUGUACUCAAUGAGAAGUCGCUCAGUGCCAUUUUCGAAUGGCUGUCAAGUUUCGGCGAUGCUCCCUGCUUUCUGUGUGGCGAUUUUAAUAUCGACCCCAGCCUUAGUCCUGCCUGCCUUGAGGCAUGUGCAUCCGGCCGCUGGCACGACUUAGGUGCUGAGUCCGGCUCUCUGCCUACCUUUGAGGCCGUUCGUCAUGGCAAUCAUGCAUCGUCUCGCAUUGACGCCAUUUUUUGCAAUAAAAGUGCGCGUGCUGCCGUCUCUCAUUUUGAGGUCGUUGAGCUUGAUAUUCCCAAUCACAAGGCGCUGCAAGUUACGGUGAAGCUGCCCCCAUUUUCCGCCUCUGUUUUGGUUCUUAGGCACCCUAAGCCCCUCCCUCUUAAGCAAUUUGACGACGCACAAAUCCAGCAUGCAGAGGAGGUGUUUGCGCUGAUGUCGCAGCAGUGGCAGCAGUGUCUUAAGUUAUCUCAAGUUGAUGAGGCCUGGGAGCUUCUGUGUCGCAAGUGCUGUCUUGCGUUUCGUGAGCCUGCUUCGCCGCUUGGCCCUGAGACUUUUUCUCACGGUCGCGAGCCUCGUUUACCUAAGCGACUUGCCUUUCCACCGCAGAGUACGCAAGGUUCUUGCUCUGUGAAAGUUUUGCGCCUUUUCAAGCUUCAAAGGCGCGUUCAAGAGGCUUUGCCGCAGCGGGCUAAGCUCGGCUUCGUGCGAGAGCCUCUCCUGACUGAGGUCCAACGCGGCAUAUGCUCGCUUCGGCUGCUUCAUGGUUCUGAUCUUCAUGAGAUUGCGGCUUGCAUUCGCAACGAAAUCGAUUGUGAACAGCAACACAUUGAGCGUACUCGUAUCAAUGCUUGGAAGUCUCGGCUGCAAACCAGCUGGUCUGGUAACAAAACUGAGGUUUUUAAGUGGUUGCGUCUUCGCAAAACUGUCUUAUGUGUACCUGAGUUUUUGAGUCAACCCAGCGGCUUAUGUGCAUCUCCACAGGUUCUACUGCAAAAGGUGAUAGAGAAGUGGUCUGGCAUCUAUAACUGUCACGCUGACAGUGAGCCUUCUUGGGAUACUUUUUGGUUUAAGUACUACUCCUUUUUCCGGCGAGUUGCGGUUAAGCUGCCUGCCAUUGACCCGGAUGAGCUUCGCAGGAUUGCAUGCGGUGGUGGUCGCACAGCGGCUGGGCUCGACAACUGGUCGCGUGAAAUACUUAAGUGCUGGCCCAGCGUCGCCUGGGCUCACCUCACGCAGCUACUCGAGCUCGUCGAGCGUUCAGGGCGGUGGCCGAGCAACUUGCUUCACAUUUUGGUGACGCUUAUACCGAAGCCGCAUGGGCUCGGUCCUGAUGACUUGCGUCCGAUAUCCAUUGCUUCGUUGAUUUAUCGCAGUUGGGCUUCCCUGCGUGCAAAGCAUUUGAAACUUUGGCAAGCGCAGUGGGCGCCUGCUGAGAUCUUCGGUGGAGUAGCUGACAAGCGUGUCUCUGACCUGUACCUUCGAGUUGCCACUGAACUUGAACAUGCUCUGUCGGGAGGCUCUCCAAGUGCAGUCCUUCUUCUUGAUCUUUCUAAGUUUUUUGACCGCCUCCCUUGGAGCAUCGAAUACAAUCUUUUGACUGCUUUCGGGUGUCCUGAUGAGGUCGUUUUGCCCAAGCGCGACUUUGCCACGCGGUCUAAGCGUUGGUUUAGGAUGGGUGCUGCUGUAAGCCAAGCUGUUACGUGUAGGAACGGUACGCCACAGGGAUGCCCUCUAUCCAUCUUAUCGGUCAAUGCCCUCAUGUCUGUGUGGUCGGGCCUUCUCCGCCAGCAUGUGCCCGAGCUCCGUGCCGGUGCCUUCAUCGACGAUCGUUCGUUGCGCACUGCCGAUCCUGACUCUCUCCAGAGUGCUCUCACGCUUACUGAUCAAUUUGACACGGACUCUGGCUCUUCGUCAAACCAAGAUAAGACCAAGCUGCUCGUUACUAGCUUUCAACUUGAGCAAGCUGUUGCCGGUUUGACUCAUGGGCCUUUUCCUGUGUGUCCCUCUUCGCAGGCUAAGCUUUUGGGUGUUUCCUUGUCUGCUAGGGCUACGGCGCACUGUGAGGAUGCUCGUGAGCGCACGGAGGCUGCGAUUGACACUGCUCGCCGCGUCCAGUUUGCGCCUUUGCACUUCGAUGCCCGUCAGCAGUCUCUUUCGUCUGCUUGCCUUCCUAAGUGGGUUUACGGGAUUGAGGUUGGUGGGCACCCACUUGACAGUGAGACUCGUCUUCGCAAUGCUGUCGCCGAGGCGCUCAAUUUUCGGCGCUCCUUCGCUUGCAGAGAUGUUUUUCUUGCACUGUGCUGCAAAGGCGAGUUGGUGGACCCUCACCAAAUUCGUCCUGUGCACGUGCUGCUUGCUGCGCAGCAAUUCCUCAGACGCUGCGAUGAAUCGCGUGACACUUGGAUUGCUCUUUGGCAUGCCCGUGCUGGCGCGACUUGGAAAGGUCGCUUCGGCAUGGCGGCUCAAGUCCAGCGUGCUUGUGAAGCUCUGGCCAUUCACUGGGCUUCUCCCUAUGAGCUUCAGUGGGAUGGCGGCUCGCUUAGCCUCUUGCACGGCGAUGCUUCGCAUUUUCGCUUCAAGCUUCGUGAUUUUGCUCGGACCGCCGUCUUGAAACGGGCUGCUAAGCGACCUUGUCUUCAUGGUGUCGCUGAUCACGUUGAUGCUUAUGCUUCAACUGCCGUAUUGCACUCGCGUGCAUGCAGUUCUUACGACAAAGGUGUGAUGCGCUCCAUUUUGUGCAACGGUGUCCUCACGCAGCAUGCCCUUCAUGCUCAGGGCACGGCGCCAUCGUCGCUGUGCCCUUUUUGCAACAAGCGGCCUGAGACUUUGUUGCAUCUUUACUGGUGCUGCCCUCGGUGGGAUGACAUUCGUGCAAACUUUCAGCUGCCUGAUCUCAGCGUUGUGCAGCAGUGGCUCACGUGCACUCAGCUUUGCGGUGUCUUUCAGUUGCCCGACUGCAUCGUGCAGAUGCGAGCAUCGCUUGAAGCUGAAACUUUCUGCCUGCCGAAAGUUGCUUUUCCUGACUGUGGGCUUAGUGUUCUGCCGGUUUGGGUCGAUGGUUCCGUUUUUCAUAGGGAAGACGCCAGGCUUACCAGAGCUGGAAGUGGC